AUGAAAUGGAAAAUAUAUAUUAUAUCAAUCACUUUGUUAUUAUUGAAUACUUAAUUAGAAGCUUAUCAGCUUUGUUUCAAAAGAUAGGCUAGAAUAAGAUCAAUUCUUAGGGGAAAUUAUUAAAAUGCUUUAAAUUAAAAUAGAGGAGCUUUAAUCUCAUCUAAAUUAUAAAAUGGUUUUGCUGGGGGAAUAUAAGGCAGUAGUUUAAGGGAUAAUAUUUACACUAUUACAGGAGGAUUUGGAUAUACAGCUAGUGCAAUUGGAAAUUCAAUAAUAUUUGAUUUAUAAUAAUAAUAUGAAUUAAAUACUUUAAAAGUAUGGUUGUGGGAUUAAGAUGAUAGAGUCUAUAGAUUAAAAGUUUAUUUAAUAUAAAACGAUGUAGAAACUUAAAUAUUUGAAAGUAAUUUUGUUUAAAAAAUACUAACAAUCAAAUUUCCUGAUUAAUAAGUUUAAAAAUUUAAAAUAUAUAAUGUAAAUGGUAAUACUUAUAAUGUUGGACUUCACAUUAUAAAAAUAGAAGGUUUAUACAAACUUUAAACAAAUAUGUGA